AUGCAGCCAUUCCGGGUAAACCGGCCACCUGACGGCCACUCCCACGCGCCAGACACCUGGCCCAGCCUCCCGUCCACGCCGGGGACGCGACUCCUCCGCCCGGACCCGCCGCGCCGGCGCUUGCAGCGCGGACCCCCCGCGCCCUCGGCCGUCGUCCCAGCGCCGGCAAGGCUGGGAGGCGGCCCAGGGCCCGCCCGCGCCCAGGCCCUCGGCUCGGGGCUGCCCUUGGGGCCCUCUCGGCGGCCCCGCGCUCCCGAGAGGCGACACCCGGCCCGGGCCGCACUCACUGACCUGAAGUGGUGGCGCGGCCGCCGCACAGCCGCUUCCGGCCUGGACGCUGCCCCUCCAGCCGCGGGAGCCCGGACGCGGCCAAGAUGGCGGGCGCAGCCCGUGCACUGGGACGGCGGGCCGCGGCCCACGACCCCACUACCGCGUCUCGGGGCCGCGCGGCCGCGCCUGGGCCUGGGCCUAGGCAGGGGAACGCCUCGCGGGUUCUACGAGGCAGAUGAUAUUCCACCAUCUACCAUGAUGUGGAGAAGCUAUUCUGCCUUAUGCCUCUUGCUAUUGACAACUUUUCUGAGUCAAGCAGUAUUUGGACAAAGAAAGAAAGGACUAAAGCCAAAUUCACUUGCAAGGAAAAAUGCCUUCCAGGAGGGUGUUUGCUUCAUAGACAUUGUCUUCAUUGUGGACAGCUCUGAAAGUUCCAAAAUCAUCCUCUUUGAUAAACAGAAAGAUUUUGUGGAGCGUUUGAGUGACAAGCUUUUCCAGUUGACUCCAGCUCAUUCCUUGAAAUAUGACAUCAGACUGGCCGCCCUUCAGUUUAGCAGCUCGGUGCAAAUUGACCCACCCUUUUCUUCCUGGAAAGACCUGCAGACAUUCAAGCAGAGGGCAAAGGGUCUGACUCUAAUUGGACAAGGUACCUUCUCUUACUAUGCUAUCUCCAACGCAACCAGGCUACUGAAGAGGGAGGGCCGCAAGGCUGGUGUGAAAGUGGCAUUGCUGAUGACGGAUGGCAUAGAUCAUCCGAAGAAUCCAGAUGUCCAAAGUAUUUCUGAAGAUGCGAGAAUUUCAGGAAUAUCGUUUCUCACCAUUGGACUUUCCACUGUUGUCAAUGAAGCCAAACUUCGUUUGAUAUCUGGAGAUUCUUCCAGUGAACCCAUUCUCCUGUUGAGUGACCCAACACUUGUAGAUAAAAUUCAUGAUCGCCUGGGCAUCUUGUUUGAGAAGAAGUGUGAACGCAAGAUUUGUGAAUGUGAGAAGGGGGACCCAGGUGAUCCAGGACCUCCUGGCACACAUGGAAACCCAGGAAUCAAAGGUGAAAGAGGACCGAAAGGAAGCCCGGGGGAUGCUCAAAAAGGGGAAACUGGAGAACGAGGGCCAGGGGGAAUUCCUGGAUACAAAGGGGAUAAGGGUGAGCGUGGAGAAUGUGGUAAACCAGGAAUAAAAGGUGACAAGGGAUCCCCAGGACCACAUGGCCCGAAAGGACCCAGGGGACUUCAGGGCAUCAGUGGACCUCCAGGGGAUCCAGGCCCCAAAGGAUUUCAAGGCAAUAAGGGUGAGCCAGGUCCUCCUGGUCCUUAUGGCCCUCCAGGAGCCCCUGGAAUUGGACAGCAAGGUGUUAAGGGUGAAAGAGGUCAAGAAGGAAGAACAGGUGCUCCUGGACCAAUGGGAGUUGGUGAACCUGGACAGCCAGGUCCCCGAGGCCCGGAGGGAGCUCCAGGAGAGAGGGGCUCACCCGGAGAAGGAAUUCCAGGACCAAAGGGCGAAAAAGGUUCUGAAGGACCAGCUGGCCCACAGGGAGUACAAGGCCUGUCAAUCAAAGGCGACAAGGGAGACAUGGGCACUGUGGGAGCACCAGGGCCGAUGGGCAUCCCCGGACUUGGAAGUCAAGGGGAACAGGGAAUCCAAGGCCCUAUUGGGCCUCCAGGCCCCCAGGGGCCUCCAGGACAAGGCUUCCCUGGCCCCAAGGGAGAAGUAGGCCAGGUAGGACCUACUGGCCCUAGAGGGCCAAUGGGAAUUGGAGUGCAAGGUCCAAAGGGGGAGCCAGGCUCGAUAGGGCUCCCGGGAGAGCCUGGAGUACCGGGAGAAGACGGAGCUUCCGGGAGGAAGGGAGAAGCAGGGCUUCCAGGAGCCAGAGGCCCCGAGGGACCACCUGGAAGAGGACAGCCUGGCUCCAAGGGUGAUGAAGGGAAGAAGGGGAGCAAAGGAAACCCAGGACAAAGGGGAUUUCCGGGGCCGGAAGGGCCUAAGGGUGAGCCAGGGAUCAUGGGUCCUUUUGGAAUGCCAGGAGCAUCUGUUCCUGGGUCACCUGGGCCAAAGGGAGACAGAGGAGGACCGGGGCUUCCAGGGCCCAAAGGGGAACCUGGCCUUUCUGUUCGAGGAUCCAAGGGUGCUCAAGGCCCUCAGGGACCCGUGGGUGCUCCAGGACUCAAAGGAGAUGGCUAUCCAGGUGUGGCUGGGCCUAGAGGGUUACCAGGCCCCCCUGGGCCGAUGGGUCUACGUGGAGUGGGAGACACUGGAGCAAAGGGAGAGCCUGGGGUCAGAGGUCCUCCUGGCCCCCCUGGGCCUCGGGGCACAGGACUACAAGGGCCAAAGGGUGAUGUUGGGCAGAAAGGCUUGCCUGGUCCCCCGGGACCCCCUGGCUAUGGAUCCCAAGGAAUUAAAGGGGAACAAGGACCUCAAGGCCUUCCAGGGCCAAAAGGCACCAUGGGCUUUGGCCUCCAAGGCCAGAAGGGAGAACAUGGAGAACGGGGCGAUGUGGGAAGGAAAGGCGACAAAGGGGAAAUUGGAGAGCCUGGAUCUCCGGGAAAACAGGGGUUACCAGGACCCAAAGGAGACCCUGGACUUACAAGAGAAGAAGUUAUCAAACUUAUCAUAGAAAUAUGCGGUUGUGGGCCCAAGUGCAAAGAGUCACCACUGGAGCUGGUGUUUGUGGUUGAUAGUUCAGAAAGUGUAGGGCCAGAGAGCUUCCAGAUCAUCAAAAAUUUUGUGAAGACUCUGGCUGACCGGGUUGCCGUAGACCUUGCCACCGCCCGCUUAGGCAUCAUCAACUACAGCCAUAAGGUGGAGGAGGUGGCACAUUUGAAGCAGUUCUCUAGCAAGGAUGCCUUCAAGCAAGCCGUGGACAGCAUGCAAUACCUGGGCGAGGGCACCUAUACAGCCACCGCUCUCCAGGCAGCCAACUCUAUGUUCAAGGAUGCAAGGUCAGGUGUAAAGAAGGUGGCCUUGGUUAUCACUGAUGGCCAGACGGAUUCCCGAGAUCAGAAGAAGCUGACCGAGGUGGUGAAGGAGGCGAGGGACAACAGUGUGGAGAUAUUUGUGAUUGGGGUGGUGAAAAAAAAUGACCCCAACUUUGAAAUAUUCCACCAAGAAAUGAAUCUAAUUGCUACUGACCCGGAGCAUGUCUAUCAGUUUGAUGACUUCUUUACUCUGCAAGAUACACUGAAGCAAAAACUGUCUACGAAAAUUUGCGAGAAUUUUGAUUCCUAUCUUCUCCAAGUUUUUGGUUCAUCUUCUCUUCAACCUCGGUUCGGAAUGUCACUGGAAGAACUCAGUGAACCCACUCGACAGCCACAGGAGAUUUUAGAAUUGGUCAGUGUCCCAGGAGCCCAGGAUGGAGAAGACGAACUGUCAGAGCCCACCCGAGCCAGUGGCUUGAUUGCCACUUCGUCAGAUGCUGCCACCCACCACGGGCCAUUGCUCAGUCCCCCUCAACACGGGGAAGGGGAUGUGGACACCAGAACUCCAAGUCCUGUACUGAUCUCACAGCAUGCAAAUCUGAUACACAAAGAUCCUAGGUGCCUGGAGACCCUGCAGCCCGGGAACUGUGCUGACUACGUGGUCCGAUGGUACUACGACCAGCAGGUCAACUCCUGUGCCCGUUUCUGGUUCAGUGGCUGCAAUGGCUCAGGAAACAGAUUCAACAGUGAAAAGGAAUGCCAGGAGAGCUGCAUUCAGGCAUGAGCAAGGCCAUGAACUUGGCUCCCUCAAAAGGCUAAAAAGAGCCUCUUUAAUCUCAAAAUA